AGCCUUAUUAAAUCGUGCUCGUGGUAUUCCUGAUUUCGGAGAAAGAACGUGAGUUGUAUAAUCGUAUAAUCGAUGUAAAUGAACACCACGAUCAGUCCACGAUCGUUGUGAAAGAAGGAUGCUGAACGAUGCCCCGAGGACUGGUCGGAGCGAAAGCAGCAGCAGUUUCUCUUCGUUCUCUUCGAAAAAUAACGAGGUCAACUUGCGAAAUCACGCACCGCCGGAUGAAGUGGGGGAACAAGAGACGAGAAGAAAAAAUGUCGUGCAAGACGGUAGUAACUACAACUCUUCCUCGUCUGUCGAGUCAUCGUCGUCGUCAUCGUUUUCUAGACGGGAAAAGAACUCGACGCCGCCGUCUAGCGGGCCUCGUGGAAGAAGUCAGACUAGCACUAGAGGAGCGUCGCCUGCCGAUAUUAAUGCGACUGCAACAAAAUCCCUAAAAGACGACCUGGUCCGCACGAAGACGGGGAAUCUGGUGAGCAAAAACGCGGUGCUGUAUGGGGCCCAAAACAUCGAGCUAAAGGGCACCGGGUGCUACAUCGGAAGCAACGUGACGCUGCGCGGGGAUCUGGCGAUGCUGCGGCUGGGCGAGUAUUGCUUAAUACACGGGGCGGCUCCUCGUGGUGGAUCCACGACAAGAAAUUCUAUUGAGCAGGAAGAUAUUUCGGCGACCAGGAAAACGAAAACCACCGCGUCGACGACGACGACGAUAAUUCGGCCCAGCAGGAAGUUUUUCCAGCACGUUUACGUCGCUUUGAAGAUCGGGGACUUUGUGCGGAUCGGGCCGAACAGCGUCGUGCAAGCGGCGUCCAUCGGGAGCUACGUCAGCGUGGGGCGGAACGUGGUGAUUGGUAACAGGUUAUUCUCCGGAAAGUAUCACCGAUACUCGUUCUUUACGAGGAGAAAUUCCAGUCUGGCAAUGUUGGCAUGGCAAAUCAUCUGCUUCUUGCACCUGAAUGUUCAUCUGCAUGACAAAUGUCAGCUGAGUUAGCCCUUGUCGAUCAAACAUGCAUCAUCACGAUACUUUUCCAACCUGCAUACAGAGCGGUUAUCCACUCGUACUGCGUGAUAGAGGACGACACGGUCAUUCCCGAUAACGAGGUAAUCCCGCCGUUCUCCAUCGUGUCUGGCGCGCCCAUGAAGCUCCGGGCCGAGCUCCGGGAGACGUUCGCAAGCGAGCUGGCGACGACGUUGAAAGAAGAGUAUCAGGGGUUUUUGACGGGUAUGACGACGAAGACAGCGGCGGGGGAGGAAGAUGUGGAUGAACUGGGCGCACGGCCGGAUGGCUAG